UAGUUACCGUGGAAGCCGUGGAAGCUCCCAGAGAUAAAGCCGGACCACCACCUCGAGAUGAUGCAGCUAUGGGCUUUUUUGGUCCUACUUCUGCCCCUUGCAAACGGGGAUGUGAGUCACCUGCUGCCCAAGGAUUACAUACCGCCCAGUGCGGCGAAACAGGCGGAUGAGGCCCAGGAGAUCCAAAAGGAUCCCUCUGGCUUCUAUCCCUCGAAUGGUUUGCCCCUGCCACCGGGCUAUGCCAUUCCCACGGGCAGCAAUGUUCCACCACCGCCCGUCCAGCCACCCAACUUCCCCCUGCCCAUCUACCCGCCAUUCUUUGGCUUCGGUGGCGCUGUUCCUGGUGAGGGAGUGGGUCCAGGAAUCGGUGGAGGAGGAGCAGGAGGACCUUUCCCGGGUGGCCCACCGAAUGCCGCUUUCCAACUGCCUCCAGGUGGCGCUUUUCCCGGAGGUUCUUUCGGUCCUCAGGCGGGCUUUCCACCUCAGGGAGCAGGCUUUCCACCACAGGGAGCAGGCUUUCCACCACAGGAAGGAGGCUUUCCACCUCAGGGAGCAGGCUUUCCACCCCAAGGAGCAGGUUUUGGCCCACAAGGACCUGGCUUUCCACCACAGGGAGCAGGCUUUCCACCACAAGGAGCAGGCUUUCCACCACAGGGCGCAAGCUUCCAGCCCGGAAAUGGCUUUCCACCUCAAGGACCUCCCUUUGCGCCCCAGCCAGGACCUUUUCCACCACAAGGAGUACCCGGAAACGGCUUCCCGGAAUUCCUGACCAACCAGGGACUUCCGCUGACCAAUGCCCAGGGUCCACCGUUCCAGGGAUUCAAUGUGCCGCAGGGCUUCGGAGGACCUUCAGUGCCCGGAAAUCCCCAGAAUCCCUAUCAGCAAUUUGGACCUGGCUUUGGAGGACCCGCUCCACCGGGCUACUCCGAUGAGGAGCAUCCGCCAAAGGAGGAGGAGCCCCAAAAGGAGCAUCCCCAUCCUCAUCCGUUGGCCGAUGAUCCCAAGAGCAUGGCGGAUACCGUCUAUGCACCGAAUGGCGGCUAUGUCUACAAGAGGGCCAAGUAAUCCCAGAGGGCUUUAUAGCCCUAUGGGAGGUGCAUCAACAACAUGUUCAUUAUAAAUUAUCAUCCAUUUUUUUGUCUUGUAUUUUUCCGCUUGUGUUUUUAUUUAUUUAUUUGCUUUGUGGCCAUAAAAACCGACGACAAGCAGACAGACAAAACGUUUGUCUUUAUGCUAAUCGAAGUCAAAGACUUUGCCAAAAAGUCUGACUGAUAACCAUAAACGAGACAAUCUAUCGCCGUGAUUGAUACACAUACACGUAUGUCUUAUGUUUUUUGUUUUAUGCAUAUCCCAAAGCGGCCAGACAUCUGUUCCAUAAAUUAUGAUGUCUUCAAAAGACUUAAAAACGAAUAAAACCUGAUGAUUGGGUUGGGUGUGGACCAAAAGCUUAGUCCUAGGGUAAUUAUGCACAGCUUAUUUAUGAUCUACAGCCUGCAUCCCUAAAGGUUUAUUGAACUUCGGACAUUUGUUGUGUCUUAAGAGCAGAUUAAAAUAGAAUUAAUCGAUUGUUAGAUUGGGCAUAAUAAUAGGGA